AAUACUCUCUCUCUCUCUCUCCCUCAUCCUCUCCUUCUUCUCUCAUCCAUCUUCUCCAAAUGGCCUUCACCGCCUUCCUCCUCCUCCUCUCCUCCAUCGCCGCCGCUUUCCUCCUCCUCAUCCGUCGUACACGUUACCGUCGGAUGGGUCUUCCUCCGGGAAGCCUCGGGCUUCCUUUUAUAGGAGAGACUCUGCAGCUGAUCGGAGCUUACAAAACAGAGAACCCUGAGCCUUUCAUCGACGAGAGGGUGGCUCGGUACGGUUCGGUUUUUAUGACGCAUCUUUUCGGUGAACCGACGGUUUUCUCAACUGACCCGGAGACGAACCGGUUCGUGCUUCAGAACGAAGGGAAGCUUUUCGAGUGUUCGUACCCUGCUUCCAUAUGUAAUCUUUUGGGGAAACACUCUUUGCUUCUUAUGAAAGGUUCUUUGCAUAAACGUAUGCACUCUCUUACCAUGAGCUUCGCUAAUUCUUCCAUCAUCAAAGACCAUCUCAUGCUUGAUAUCGACCGGUUAGUCCGGUUUAAUCUUGAUUCUUGGUCUUCUCGUGUUCUCCUCAUGGAAGAAGCCAAAAAGAUAACGUUCGAGCUAACGGUGAAGCAGUUGAUGAGCUUUGAUCCAGGGGAGUGGAGUGAGAGUUUAAGGAAAGAGUAUCUUCUUGUCAUCGAAGGCUUCUUCUCUCUUCCUCUCCCUCUCUUGUCUACCACUUACCGCAAAGCCAUCCAAGCGCGGAUGAAAGUGGCGGAGGCGUUGACGGUGGUGGUGAUGAAGAGGAGGGACGAGGAGGAAGAAGGGACGGAGAGAAAAAAAGAUAUGCUCGCGGCGUUGCUUGCGGCGGAUGAUGGCUUUUCCGAUGAAGAGAUUGUCGAUUUCUUGCUGGCUCUACUCGUUGCCGGUUAUGAAACAACGUCCACACUCAUGACUCUCGCCGUUAAGUUUCUUACCGAGACUCCUCUAGCUCUUGCUCAACUCAAGGAAGAGCAUGAAAAGAUCAGGGCAAUGAAGAAUGAUUCAGAUAGUCUUGAAUGGAGUGAUUACAAGGCAAUGCCAUUCACACAAUGUGUGGUUAACGAGACGCUGCGAGUAGCUAACAUCAUCGGUGGUGUUUUCAGACGGGCAAUGACGGAUGUAGAGAUCAAAGGUUAUAAGAUUCCGAAAGGGUGGAAGGUUUUCUCAUCCUUUAGAGCGGUUCAUUUAGACCCGAACCACUUCAAAGAUGCUCGCACUUUCAACCCUUGGAGAUGGCAGAGCAACUCGGUAACUACAAGCCCUUCUAAUAUGUUUACACCGUUUGGGGGAGGGCCAAGGCUGUGCCCCGGUUACGAGCUGGCUAGGGUUGCACUCUCUGUUUUCCUUCACCGCCUAGUGACCGGCUUCAGUUGGGUUCCUGCAGAGCAAGACAAGCUGGUUUUCUUUCCAACUACAAGAACGCAGAAACGGUACCCGAUCAUCGUUAAGCGCCGUGACGCUGCUACUUGAAAGCAUAAGAGACCAGCAGAUUUUAUCUAUAGACAAACAGCAUUUUUCAGAUUUAAUUUCUUCUUUUUGCUCUCCUUUUGGGUCUAGCGUUGGACAAUAAAAGUUAUCAUUACACUAUCUAUAGCCUGUGUAUAUAUGAAAAAAAAUAACUUUUGUUUACCUUAUUAUGCUUUCAUAAAUCUCUUCUGGUUCAAUGA